UAGUCGUCGUCAUUGCCCCGGUCCGGCCGGCCCUCGUUAAUUUAUGCUCGCGCUUCUCUUUAGUUGCCUUGCAAGUCUCGUGCUGUUUGAUCGCCGAAGCGCGUGUAAUUCCAAGAAAAAUCCCGCUGCCUCACCAUCGGGUGGAGAGUUGCAAAGUUCCGUCGGAAUCAGAAGCUGCUCGUUGCAGGCUUUCCAGUGAUGAAGUUCAGCCUUUGGGGCACCUUCGUAGUGAUCUGCCGCGAAUACCGAGAGCCUGUAGGCCAUUAUAGUUUAAAGUGUGCAAUUAUAUCGACUCUGAAACACUAAAACCAAAGCCAGUUUGUUACGAGGAGCGGCGACAUUUUAGAUUUUAAGUUAUUCAUAAGCUUAGUGGCUUCGGACAAUGGAUAUGUCUAGCGCCAACUCGUUGCGGCCCCUUUUGCAGGGGUAUCCCUUUCAAGGACAAGGUCGCGUAAAUCAGCUCGGGGGUGUCUUUAUCAAUGGGCGCCCUCUGCCCAAUCACAUUCGCCUAAAGAUCGUGGAAAUGGCGGCAAGUGGAGUUCGACCUUGUGUGAUCUCUCGCCAACUACGCGUCUCACACGGCUGCGUAUCGAAGAUUUUGAACCGGUACCAAGAGACGGGCUCCAUUAGACCCGGCGUGAUAGGUGGAUCUAAGCCGAAGGUAACCUCGCCUGAGAUCGAAACGCGGAUCGAUGAGCUGCGAAAGGAGAAUCCGGGAAUAUUUAGUUGGGAGAUACGCGAGAAGUUGAUCAAGGAGGGCUUUGCGGAUCCACCGUCAACGUCAUCUAUCAGUCGCUUAUUACGAGGAAACGAUCGCGGCAGCGAAGAUGGUCGAAAGGACUACACUAUACAUGGAAUUCUUGGAGGCCGCGACUCGGACAUAAGUGACACGGAGUCGGAGCCUGGGAUUCCGUUAAAACGUAAGCAGCGUCGCUCCCGAACCACCUUCACCGCCGAGCAACUAGAGGCCCUCGAACGGGCCUUUGCUCGUACCCAAUACCCAGAUGUCUACACCCGUGAGGAGCUAGCACAGACCACCGCACUGACCGAGGCUCGCAUCCAGGUAUGGUUCUCCAAUCGCAGAGCCCGGCUACGCAAGCAUUCCGGCGGCUCGAGCUCCGGACUUUCUCCUAUGAACAGUGGCAGUACUAGUGUGGGCGUAGGUGUUGGCCCGAGUGGUGCAACAGCGCCCCUCGGAUUCGGUCCUCUUGGCGUUGGCUCGAUGGCAGGCUAUAGUCCUGCGCCAGGAACUACCGCUAAUGGAGCCGGCAUGAAUGAGGGAGUUCACCAUACCGCCCACGCUCCGAGUUCCCAUCACAGUGCAGCAGUGGCUGCUGCGGCGGCGCAUCAUCACACCCAGAUGGGAGGCUACGAUUUAGUACAAAGUGCGGCGCAACACGGAUUUCCCGGUAGCUUUGCUCAGCCUGGACACUUUGGUAGUCAGAACUACUAUCAUCAAGACUACUCGAAGCUGACCAUAGACGAUUUUUCCAAACUAACCGCCGAUAGCGUCUCAAAGAUCUCGCCCUCACUGCACCUAAGCGACAACUACUCGAAGCUGGAGUCCCCCUCGAAUUGGUCGCAGGCCGCCUACCAUCUCAACCAGUCGGCAGUGGCUGCUGCCAACUACAAUGCCCACGUAGCCCAGCAUCAGCUCAACGACUACGCCGCCGUAGCGGCUCACGGGAACGCGGCAGCGGCCGCUUACAACCACCCCUUGCCGGCGCAGGGUCAGGCCAAGUACUGGUCAUGAGCUACUUGACCUGCGAGGUCGAUUCAUCAUCGAGGGGCAUGCAAUUUUGGCAAUAGUUUUAUGCAUUUCAAUUACCCGCAGAGGCACAUGUAGAUGUAAGGCAACUAUUUAUGGUAUACCCCACUAACGUGAAUAUGGAAAAUAUCGGCUUAGCUAUAAUGUAGGAUUACAUCACUGAACAUCACUGAGCAUCACAUGGCUUUUAUAGACGAAUCAAGGCUGGCAACGUUUUACAUACAAGCAUCAUGAACAUAUAGUUAGACGACAUUGUAUAUUUAUUAACCAGACAAACGAUAUGUAUUUAGAGUAAUCAGGAGGAAAAGCGUUUCGUUAAGUUGAUGUAAUGAUGUAAAAGGUACUUUUGAGAGUUAAGUUUAUAGAAGAUAUUGACA